GGACAUGUGGUGUUAUAAAUUCCCAACCCUGAGGAGAAGUAAACACAAGUAAAUUUUUUUUUACCGUGCUUUUUAGUUUAUCAAAAUGGUUAAAAACGUAUCGUCAGCAAAAUGUAUUGUCAAAAAUUGUAGAAAUAGUCAAGAAAAUAGUAAUAAGCAGUGUAAAAAAAGAAAACUAACUAUGCAUCGUUUUCCAAAAGAUCCAUCUAUUAGGAAAGAAUGGAUAAAAAUUUUACAAUUAAAUGGUAUGGCAACUUUUACCGAUAGACAUCGUGUUUGUUCCGAACACUUUUUAAAACAAGAUAUUGAUAGAAGUAGUUCAUUUAGAAUUAGACUGCGAAAGAAUGCAAUUCCUGUAGCAAGUUCUAUCUAUCCCUGUGAAAUAAAAAAAGAAAUUAAUAAUGAUUCGGAAUUUAGCGAAUGGGAGGAAGAAAAAUUUUCUCCUGAAAAAUUAAAUAAUUUUGAAUCAUUUAUUACACCAAUUAAAUGUGAAAGGAGAUCAAAAACUUCUCCCACAGUGAAUUGCGAUACAAGUUAUACAAAUUUGUUAAAAAUAUCAGUUAUGCGACAAGAAGAAAAAGUUGAGUCAGAAAAAGAUUUAAAAUCAGAGAAAUUAAUAGAUCGCAGAAAAUCAGUUUCACCAAAAAAAAAAAUAAAUAUUUCAUUUGGAAAUGGAAACAGAGAAUUUAUUUGUAAUGAUGAUAAUUGGGAGAUAAAAAAUAAUGAUGAGAGAAUAGUAAUAAAGUAUUUAAAUGAAAAAUUACGUCUAUCUCGUGUGAAUAUUGUAUCAAUGGAAAAUGAUAUAACAAAUUUAAAAGAACAAAUAAAAAAAUUACAAGAUUCAGUGACUGAUUAUACUAUGACGGUCAAAAUUUAUUGAAGCUAUAUAUUUUAUAAUAAUAAAUAGAUUAAUUUUCAACUUUUCAUUAAAUUAUUUUUAUUGACGACAUUCCAAUGGAUCUUAAUUUCUACUAGUCUACAUUGUAUUAUUAUUUUAAAAAAGAAAUCAUGAAGUACAAGUGCAUGUAAUUAAAUCUUGUAAAAAUCUAUAAAAUGGAAUAGAAUUUAUAAGAAAAAAAAAAGAUUUUUUUUUUUAGGUAAACAAUCAAUUAUUAUAAUUAAAACAUUCAAUGUAUAAUUAUGUAAAUUUUUAAAAUAAAUUCUUUGUAAUAACAUAAUAAAAAGAAAUAAAAUUUUUGUAGAAAAUA